UUUGUGUUAUUAAUAGGGAUGGGAAAGUCGAUCCGUCGAUUCUUCGAUACCCCGAUUUUUUGAUACAUAAUCGAUAAUCGAGGAUCGGCGAAAAUCACCGAUUAUUAAAAUUCUGCAGGAUGUAGACGUAAAGUGCUGCCUAGCAGCGGUUCAUCGCUGUCGUUGCAGUAAUUUUAGUCAGUUUUACAACUAAAUAAAUAACCAUAAACGAUAUAAUAAAUAAUAAAUGAAAUAUAACAUAGCUUACCACAGCUCAGUUGCCACAAUCCCGUAAGCGGGAACGGAGGUUGGCGAUUUCGUACUGUGCAUUUAGGGUUAUUUAUUUAUUAACGCAGUGUUAUCGUAUAAAGAAAUUGUAGCCCAACUUUUACUUGCUGAAUACACCCACAUUGGUAGCCAUGUGCACAAAAUUUCAAGAUUCUACUGAGAAGUGUGCCACGUUUUCUACGUUUCUAGUAUAUUUAUUCACUUGCGUUGUUGCAUAUUUAUUUUCGUCAAUGAUUUUUUUUGUUAACCAGCAUUUGUCUAUACAUGAACUUUCACAGGUUUGCCAACUUCCGGUACAGAUCUUAUUCUCAAUUACUUAACGAUAAAAUGCAAGAAUAAUGUGGCCAUAGCCCGUAACAUUUUACGAGUUACGUAUUUUCCGUAAUUUAUUUAAUAACAGUAAACAUUAAAUCACCAGUUAAUUACGCAACUUAAACAUAAAAUUUCAAUGGACGUUUUUGAAACACGUUUUCAUUCCAGUAAGUUACCAGUACGGCAACUGUAGAAAUUUUCUUACAUGCUUUUGUUUCCAGUGAUGCUUCUUUGUUUGAAUGUUGGGUAAUGUUAGCGCAAUACGAAUAGUAAAAUAACAUUUUUAUUUACGUGAUGUCUAGUGAAGUGUGGAAAUACUUUGUCAUCGACCGACAAAAUUCUGGCUACGCAAUAUGUCAAAUCUGUAAAUGUACAAUCUCACGUGGCGGUAAAUCUAAAACUACAACAAACAUGAAAAAACAUCUCGAAAACAAGCAUGGGAGUUACGUUCAUGAGACGAAGAAACAAAGGCUACAUUCAUCGGAAUUGAGCGAGAUUGAAGAAAAUGAAAUAGAUGAUAGUUCAGCACAAAAUUGUUCUUCAGAGACAACCUUGCCAUUGUCAUCAAAUUCAGAUGUUAGGCCUACUGCUACUGAUUCAUCGAGAGGCAGCGGUUCAGUGUCCCCGAGGCAUGCUGAGAAAGUUGGCCAAACGAAUAUUUCAUCAAGAACACCAAACCAGUAUAGGCUAACUCCUAAAAGUCAAUACCAGCCUACAUUACAAUCAUUUAUUGAUAAAACUGCACAAUUCAAGUCCACUGAUCCUCGUGCAAAAUCAAUAACUCAGCACAUAGGUAGAAUGAUGUGCUUAGACAAUCGUCCUUUUAGCAUGGUUGAAGACAGAGGAUUCACAGAAUUUGUCAAAUUCCUUGAGCCUAGGUAUGUUUUGCCCAGCAGAAAACAUUUUUCAAAUACUGUUGUACCACACAUGUACCAAGAAUGUAGGGAAAAUGUGAACAAAAAGUUGGACGAAGCUGAACAUGUGAGUCUUACAACAGAUAUGUGGACUUCAACAGCCAAUGACGAUUAUCUUGGUCUAACUGUGCAUUUUGUUGAUUCCAAUUUUGUCUUGCAACACCUCAACAUUGGGGUUAUUCCCUUUCCUGAAUUAUCUCACACAGGGAACAAUUUGUGCAAUUUUAUCACAGAAACACUUGAAGAAUGGAAGCUGCAAUCUAAAGUUGUUGCCAUUGUAAGAGACAAUGCCAGGAACAUAACUGCUGGCCUAGAAUCAUCCGAAUAUGAACAUCUGCCAUGCCUAGCACAUACCCUGCAGCUUGUUGUAAAGGAAGGGCUACUGAACAACAAGAAUGUAAAUAAUCUGAUUGCCAACGGUCGUCGCAUAGUUGGCCAUUUCAAACAUUCUUGUAAGGCGACAAAAGAGUUAAAGAAGGCUCAAGCCACGCUGAAAAUGAAAAAACAUAAACUUAUCCAGGAUGAACCAACGCGUUGGAAUUCAUCUCUCCAUAUGCUACAGCGCUUACUUGAGCAAAAACAGUCUGUUUCUUUAGCAUCAGCAACUCUGCAGUUACCUGUGACUUUUUCAUCAGCAGAAUGGAACCUGAUGACAAAUGUAGUAAACCUUUUAAGUAUUUUCAACCAUGCAACAUUGGCUGUAAGUACUCAGUGUGUGACAGCCUCAGAAGUCAUACCUAUAAUCAACAGUUCUACUGAAGAGCUAAGGAAACCAGCACCUACUGGAUCAGGUGUACAGGGCAUCAAAAAUGAUAUGCUUGCUGCCAUAACUUUGAAGUAUUCUGAUGUUGAAGAGAAUAUGUUGUACGCAGUUGCAACAUUACUGGACCCACGAUUUAAACACCAUGUUUUUGUGCAGGACGGUAAUGUCACAAAAGCGAAAGUUUUUUUGAUUGAAGAAGCAAGAAAAACUAUCUGUUUGAAACAACCUGAAACUGAGUCUGUGCCGCAAACAUCCAGCCAAGCAAUGGAAAGCCAUGGUAUGUGGACAUUUUACUCAAACAUAAUGAAGACUGCCCCAAGUGUAAGCCACAUCGCAUCAGUUGAAGAUGAGAUUAAUGUUUACUUGGAAGAACCUAUUCAAAAUUCAAGUACCAACGUUUUCCAGUAUUGGAAAGAAAAUACCAAGUACCCAUGUUUAAAAAAACUGUCAAAGAAAUUUCUUUGCAUUCCACCUUCAACUGUACAUUCCGAGCGAUUAUUCAGCACUGCAGGACUGAUUGUUGAUCAGAAACGGAACCGUUUAGAUCCUGAACGAGUCAAAAUGUUGGUUUUUUUAAAUAAGAAUUUGUGAUCUAAUAAGAAUUUAGGAUCUAAUAAGACUUUGUGAUCUAAUAAGAUGCUUUGCCAGUUUUCAUUUAUUAUUUUAAGAACUUUCAAUUUUAUUUUGUCAAAAGUGUUGUUUUUAUGAUAUUUCACUAUGUUGUCAUUUAUUUCAAAGGUAUAAAGAUUGAAUUUGGUAGUUUCUGGUUUUUUACAAUAUUUUUAAUAAUCACAACUUUUUGUGGCUAUUUAAAGUUUGAUUGAUAAAUGUUAAUGAUUGUACAUUUAGUAAUUAAUAUACUAUUUAUUAAAUUGUAUUCCAAUGAAAUUGUUAGUAUUUUGAUGACUUUACGACAAUUCACUUUUUAUUAGUACUACUGACCUAUUACUAAAUUACGUAUUCUCUUUUCAAAAUUACAUAUUCAACUGGAUUAAACAUAAUCCACAUAAAAAAUAAUGCUUGCCCUACACAUUACACAUUACAGAAUAGUAAUUUCAAUUUCUUUAUUUCAAGUAAUGUAAAGUUUUGUUUUAUGUGUUAAAUUUAAUAGUAUUUAUUUAUUAUUUUGAAAAAUGCUUUUUUAGUGUAUUCAAUAAGUAUGUUUACUGAUUCCAUUGUAACUUAUACUUCAAUCCCGAAAAUGAGAAUCUAUAACUUAACCUAAUUGAUUGGAAUCGAUAAUCGAUAAGAAUCGAUGAUCGCAACAAGACUCGAUAAUCGGUAUCGAAUCAAAAAUUUUGAAAAUUUCCCAUCCCUAGUUAUUAAGCUGCAAAUGUGCUUCCAUAAGAAAUACGUACUUAAAAAAGGGUGAAAAACGCUUUAAAAAACGUAAGGCAUUAUCUGUGCGAGAUAAACUGGACAUUAUUAAACAGGUAGACUCCAACCCCACUGUCCCGCACGUGUUAAUAUCAAAGGAACUGGGAAUUGCAACAUCCACAUUAAGUACAAUAUUAAACAAGCUGAACAAUCUUCUUUCUCAAGCUGCGAAUACGUCACAGAGUAUUAAACGCCUGAAAAAAGGAAAAUACGCCAAUGUCGAAGAACCAUUAAUAGAAAGUUUGUACAUGUGUAGUGUAUUAAAAAUAAUAUCUGCAUAUGCUCAUAAAACUGUUGCUUUGAGUAUUUUCAUUCGUUCUUUUCUUGGCUUAGGCCUAUGUGUAGUUAAGAUUAUGCUUUUGAGUAUGUAUUGCCAAUAUAAAAGUUUUCCCAGAUAUAAAGUUUCCCCUCUAUAGUGAACAUAUAAACUACUCCCUUCAGAUUCAUUAUAACAGGGUUCUACUGUAUAUUUUUUUUAUGAUUUCUUAGGACUUCAGGGGAAGAGGUAUAUCCCCUUCAUCUAUCCCGUUCUCCUGUACACGCCUCUGCUAAACGGUUUUAAAUAUUGCCCAAAUUUUCAAAUUCAGUCUCAUUCUAUUUUCUGGAGGUCAUAGAGUUAAAAAGUAUAGAUAUUAUAAUCAGGGAUGGGUAAAUUAAAUACUAAGUUUUUUUAUAUUCAAUGGAAAAAAAUUUUCAAAGAAAAAUACCUGCGUAAGGGAAUUUCAAUAUUUCAAACCCUAGCACCUGCAUAGUUGAUCUUUACAGAAGCUAUUAAAGAAAUGUUUUAUUUGUCGCCAGCUAAAAUGCACUGAUGAUGUUUUUUUUUGCACCUCAGAGAACAUU